AAUAACCGGACCAAGUGCUGGAUAGGUCCAGAGUCACUCCACAGUCCAGAGACUCCGAAGAAGCUCGCAGCGGCAGUACUGGUGACUAGUCUUUAUUAUUUGGUAGUUGCAGUGAAUCUCAAACUCGAAGCGCAUCGAUAUUAUCGAACAUCGAUUAAAACUCGAAUCAGAGCGAUAAACUGAUGAAGAUCCACCAUUUUUUUCAUUUCCCGAUCACAAAGUAGUUCUCCUCUCUCCUCUGAUACAUAUAUCUCUUUCCAUUUUUGAAACACCUGUGACGAUGACUGUCCUAGCGAAUCCGAUUGUUUCUACCAGAAAUCUUCGAACCCAUUCCUUUCAUGGUUUCUCUCUGAAGCCAGUGGACCAGUUUCUUCUGAAUGGUAGCACCAGCGGUAUAACUCUUCUUCCUAUUCAUCAAAGGAAGGCAAACCUUUCAGCUCAUAGAAGGACACUUACAGUUCAAGCAGCAUAUAGUGAUGGUGGAAAAUCAAGCGGUGCAAGUAUCUUUAUUGGCGGCUUUGUAUUGGGAGGCAUAGUGGUUGGAACACUAGGGUGCGUAUAUGCACCUCAGAUCAGCAAGGCAUUAGCCGGAGCAGACAGAAAAGAUUUAAUGAGGAAGUUGCCGAAAUUUAUAUAUGAUGAAGAAAAAGCUUUGGAGAAGACACGGAAGAUAUUAACAGAGAAGAUUGCGCAGCUGAACUCAGCCAUUGAUGAUGUUUCAUCUCAGCUCCAUGCAGACGACGCCCCAAAUGGAGUGGCCGUGGCCUCAGAUGAAAUUGAAGCCGUUAUUUGAGGUUCUGCCAUUUAUUUUACAGAAGUGUCAAAUAACAUUUUGAAUCUUUAACCCGGUCAGAAGGCAACUUUUGGUGCUUUCUUGUUGACCGUCUUAAAUACUUCUGUUUAUUGUAGCAGUGAAUUUAUUGACGGACCUUUCGGCCAUAAUUUUCAGCCUGGGCACCUAUAUGAUUUUGCAUCUGCUGGUGGCCUAUGAACA